UUCAGUGAAUGAUAGUGUCUAGAAAGGGUAUGUCCCUUCAGGAGAGAGGUGCCAAUGUCCAACCGGCCUAAUAACAAUCCAGGGGGGUCACUGCGACGUUCACAGAGGAACACUGCUGGGGCCCAGCCACAAGACGACGCAGUAGGAGGAAGGUCACAUUUAGGGCAGGCAAAACAUAAGGCACAUAGCCCUCCUGAGAGUAGAAAAUCAAUUUCAAAGACACCCAAAGUGCAGUCUAAUACUACUUCUGAGCAGUCCAAGGGACACUUUUCUAAAAGAGGCUCUAGCUCAUCUGCUGUUUUAAUACCACAACAAGAAGAUCCAGAGAGAAUCAGUACUUCAGAAAAGCAAAAAACGGGGCAAGUGCCUAAGAGAGACAAUUGUCGAGGAGUUAAACGCAGUGCUAGUCCAGAUUACAGGAGGACCAAUUCUCCUAGCUCUGCUAAAAAACCCAAAGCACUUCAGCACACUGAAACUUCCUUGGAAACUAAUAAACCACAUACUAAAUCUAAAAGACGACAGUUAGACCAAGAACCGCCCAAGUCUACACAAUUGCCAUCAACAAGCAAGGCUCACACCAGAAAGGGUGGAGCUGCUGGUAGCUCCCGAAGUCAGAAAAGGAAAAGGACAGAGAAUCUGUCUUGUAUAAAGAGUGGUUCAUCAGUUGAAUCAACUGGCGCUGAAGAGAAGUCAGCAAAACUCUCCAAGCUGGCUUCAAAAUCGGUGACCUCAGCCAAAGCUGGGUGUAGCACCAUUACUGAUUCUUCUUCUUCAGCUUCCACAUCCUCCUCCUCUUCUGCUGUUGCCUCUGCUUCUUCUACUGUUCCUCAAGGUGCCAGAGUGAAACAGGGAAAGGACCAGAAUAAGGCUAGACGUUCUCGUUCUGCAUCCAGCCCCAGUCCAAGAAGGAGUAGCAGGGACAAAGAACCAAGUAAAACAAGUGGCUCUUCAAAGUUUGACUGGGCUGCUCGAUUCAGCCCAAAAGUCAGUCUCCCUAAAACAAAACUGUCUCUACCAGGCUCUUCCAAGUCAGAGACAUCAAAACCUGGACCUUCGGGACUACAAGCUAAGCUAGCAAGUCUAAGAAAAUCUACAAAGAAGCGCAGUGAAUCACCACCUGCUGAGCUCCCCAGUUUGCGGCGGAGCACACGGCAAAAGACCACGGGCUCCUGUGCUAGCACCAGUCGGCGAGGCUCUGGCCUGGGCAAAAGAGGAGCAGCUGAAGCUCGCCGACAGGAGAAGAUGGCUGAUCCUGACAACAACCAGGAUGGAGUUAACUCUUCAGCUGCGCGUACAGAUGAGGCUCCCCAGGGAGCUGCAGCUUCUAGUUCUGUUGCUGGGGCUGUAGGUAUGACAACCUCUGGAGAAAGUGAGUCAGAUGAUUCUGAGAUGGGAAGACUGCAAGCUCUAUUAGAGGCUAGGGGUCUUCCUCCUCACCUGUUUGGCCCUCUUGGUCCUCGGAUGUCGCAGCUCUUCCACAGGACAAUUGGAAGUGGAGCUAGUUCCAAAGCCCAACAGCUUUUACAAGGUCUCCAAGCCACUGAUGAAAGUCAGCAACUACAGGCAGUGAUUGAGAUGUGCCAGCUGUUGGUCAUGGGAAAUGAAGAAACAUUAGGAGGAUUUCCAGUCAAGAGUGUUGUACCAGCUUUGAUAACUCUGCUGCAGAUGGAGCACAACUUUGAUAUUAUGAACCAUGCGUGUCGGGCCUUAACGUAUAUGAUGGAAGCACUUCCCAGAUCGUCUGCAGUAGUGGUGGAUGCAAUUCCUGUCUUCUUGGAAAAGCUGCAAGUUAUUCAGUGCAUUGAUGUGGCAGAGCAGGCACUUACAGCUCUGGAGAUGUUAUCACGCAGGCAUAGUAAAGCCAUUCUGCAGGCAGGUGGGUUGGCAGACUGUUUACUCUAUCUGGAAUUCUUCAGUAUAAAUGCACAGAGGAAUGCCCUAGCUAUUGCUGCCAACUGCUGCCAGAGUAUAACACCUGAUGAGUUUCACUUUGUGGCAGACUCUUUGCCACUGCUUACACAAAGGUUAACCCAUCAGGACAAAAAGUCUGUUGAAAGCACUUGCCUCUGUUUUGCACGGCUAGUGGACAACUUCCAGCAUGAGGAGAACUUACUCCAGCAGGUUGCUUCCAAGGAUUUGUUAACAAAUAUCCAGCAACUCUUGGUAGUGACGCCUCCUAUCCUGAGCUCAGGAAUGUUCAUCAUGGUGGUGCGCAUGUUUUCCUUAAUGUGCUCCAACUGUCCUACGCUUGCGGUCCAGCUUAUGAAGCAAAAUAUUGCAGAAACGCUUCACUUCCUCCUUUGUGGAGCCUCAAAUGGGAAUUGUCAAGAACAAAUUGACCUUGUUCCACGAAGUCCUCAAGAACUUUAUGAGCUUACUUCUCUUAUCUGUGAAUUGAUGCCUUGCCUGCCAAAAGAGGGAAUCUUUGCUGUUGAUACUAUGCUAAAGAAAGGAAAUGCGCAAAAUACAGAUGGUGCAAUAUGGCAAUGGCGAGAUGACAGGGGUCUCUGGCAUCCCUAUAACAGGAUUGAUAGUCGAAUAAUAGAGCAAAUAAAUGAGGAUACUGGAACAGCACGUGCCAUUCAGCGAAAACCAAACCCUUUAGCCAAUACAAACACUAGUGGACAUUCAGAACUGAAGAAGGAUGAUGCUCGAGCACAACUAAUGAAAGAGGACCCAGAACUGGCAAAAUCCUUUAUCAAAACAUUGUUUGGUGUUCUUUAUGAAGUGUAUAGUUCUUCAGCUGGACCUGCUGUUAGACACAAGUGCCUUAGAGCAAUUCUUAGGAUAAUUUAUUUUGCUGACGCUGAACUUCUAAAGGAUGUGUUGAAAAACCAUGCUGUUUCAAGUCAUAUUGCCUCCAUGCUGUCAAGUCAAGACCUUAAGAUAGUAGUUGGAGCCCUGCAGAUGGCAGAGAUUUUAAUGCAAAAGUUACCUGACAUUUUUAGUGUUUACUUCAGGAGAGAAGGGGUGAUGCACCAAGUGAAAAACUUAGCAGAGUCUGAAGCUUUGCUAACCAGCCCACCAAAAGUGUGCACUAACGGAUCAGGAACACUGGGUGCCACUACAACAAUAAGUACUGGAACAGCCACUGCUGCCAGUAAUGCAGCUGCUGAUUUGGGCUCUCCCAGCUUACAACACAGCCGGGAGGAUUCUUUGGAUCUGAGCCCACAGGGACGACUGAGUGAUGUUUUAAAGAGAAAAAGACUGCCAAAACGAGGGCCAAGGAGACCAAAAUACUCGCCUCCAAGAGAUGAUGACAAAGUAGACAAUCAAGCUAAAAGCCCUACAACUACCCAAUCUCCUAAAUCUUCCUUCUUGGCAAGUUUAAAUCCUAAAACAUGGGGAAGAUUAAGCACACAGUCCAACAGUAACAAUAUUGAACCAGCACGAACAGCAGGAGUAAGUGGUCUUGCAAGGGCUGCUUCCAAGGAUACAAUUUCCAAUAACAGAGAAAAAAUUAAGGGCUGGAUUAAGGAGCAAGCCCAUAAAUUUGUUGAACGUUAUUUUAGUUCUGAAAACAUGGAUGGAAGCAAUCCUGCACUAAAUGUUUUACAGAGACUUUGCACUGCAACUGAACAACUCAACCUCCAGGUGGAUGGUGGGACAGAGUGCCUUGUAGAAAUCCGUAGCAUUGUCUCGGAGUCUGACGUCUCCUCAUUUGAAAUCCAGCAUAGUGGGUUUGUUAAACAACUGCUGCUUUAUUUGACAUCUAAAAGUGAGAAAGAUGCUGUAAGCAGGGAUAUCAGAUUGAAAAGAUUUCUUCAUGUAUUUUUUUCUUCUCCACUUCCUGGAGAAGAACCCCUUGGAAGAUUAGAGCCAUUAGAAAAUGCACCUUUGUUGGCAUUAGUCCAUAAAAUGAAUAAUUGCCUCAGUCAGAUGGAACAGUUUCCUGUCAAAGUUCAUGAUUUCCCUAGUGGAAAUGGAACAGGGAGCAGUUUUUCUCUUAACAGAGGAUCCCAAGCUUUAAAAUUCUUCAAUACGCAUCAACUAAAAUGCCAACUGCAAAGACAUCCAGAUUGUGCUAAUGUCAAACAGUGGAAGGGUGGACCUGUGAAGAUUGAUCCUCUUGCUUUGGUACAAGCCAUUGAAAGAUACCUUGUAGUUAGAGGUUAUGGAAGAGUUAGAGAAGAUGAUGAGGAUAGUGAUGAUGAUGGCUCAGAUGAAGAAAUAGAUGAGUCUUUGGCUGCUCAGUUCUUAAAUUCAGGGAAUGUGAGACACAGACUGCAGUUUUACAUUGGAGAUCACUUGCUGCCAUACAAUAUGACUGUGUAUCAGGCAGUUCGGCAGUACAGUUUGCAAGCCGAGGAGGAGAGGGAGUCUACAGAUGAUGAAAGCAACCCAUUGGGAAGAGCUGGGAUUUGGACAAAGACUCAUACUAUUUGGUACAAACCUGUAAGAGAGGAUGAAGAUGGUAGUAAGGACUGUGUUGGUGGUAAAAGAGGAAGAGCACAAACUGCUCCCACGAAAACCUCCCCUAGAAAUUCUAAAAAGCAUGAUGAAUUGUGGCAUGAUGGUGUAUGCCCUUCUGUAUUAAAUCCUCUAGAAGUUUACCUCAUAUCAGUUCCACCUGAAAACAUAACAUUUGAAGAUCCCUCAUUAGAUGUUAUUCUUCUUUUGAGAGUUCUACAUGCUAUCAGUCGAUACUGGUAUUACUUGUAUGAUAAUGCAAUCUGCAAGGAGAUAAUUCCAACCUCAGAGUUUAUCAACAGUAAACUGACAGCAAAAGCAAACAGGCAGCUUCAAGAUCCUUUGGUAAUUAUGACAGGAAACAUACCAACUUGGCUGACAGAACUUGGAAAAACAUGCCCAUUUUUCUUUCCAUUUGAUACCCGUCAAAUGCUGUUUUAUGUAACUGCUUUUGAUCGUGAUCGAGCCAUGCAAAGACUACUGGAUACUAAUCCAGAAAUCAAUCAAUCAGAUUCUCAGGAUAGCAGAGUAGCACCACGACUGGACAGGAAAAAACGCACUGUGAACAGAGAUGAGCUGUUGAAACAGGCAGAAUCUGUGAUGCAGGAUCUAGGCAGUUCAAGAGCCAUGUUGGAAAUCCAGUAUGAGAAUGAAGUUGGCACAGGCCUAGGCCCCACGCUAGAGUUCUAUGCACUUGUAUCUCAGGAGCUACAGAGAGCAGACUUAGGCCUUUGGAGGGGAGAAGAAGUGACUUUAGCCAAUCCAAAAGGAAGCCAGGAAGGUACCAAGUACAUCCAUAACCUUCAAGGCCUUUUUGCACUUCCUUUUGGUAGAACAGCCAAGCCAGCUCACAUUGCAAAAGUUAAAAUGAAGUUCCGCUUUCUAGGAAAACUGAUGGCCAAGGCAAUCAUGGAUUUUAGACUGGUGGACCUUCCUCUUGGACUUCCUUUUUAUAAAUGGAUGUUACGACAGGAAACAUCCUUGACGUCGCAUGACUUGUUCAGUAUUGAUCCAGUAGUAGCCAAAUCAAUAUAUCACCUUGAAGAUAUUGUAAGACAAAAGAAGAGACUUGAACAGGACAAAACACAGACCAAAGAAAGUCUACAGUAUGCGUUGGAGGCUCUGACUAUGAAUGGCUGCUCAGUGGAAGAUCUAGGGCUGGACUUCACACUUCCUGGGUUUCCUAACAUAGAACUGAAAAAAGGGGGAAAAGAUACACCAGUCACCAUCCACAAUUUAGAGGAGUAUCUCAGAUUGGUUAUAUUCUGGGCACUAAAUGAAGGUGUUGCCAGACAAUUUGACUCGUUCAGAGAUGGAUUCGAAUCAGUCUUCCCCCUCAGUCAUCUUCAGUACUUCUACCCUGAGGAGUUGGAGCAGCUCUUGUGCGGCAGUAAAACGGACACAUGGGAUGCAAAGACUUUAAUGGAAUGUUGCAGGCCAGAUCACGGUUAUACACAUGACAGUCGUGCAGUGAAGUAUCUCUUUGAAAUCCUCAGUAGCUUUGAUAGUGAGCAGCAAAGACUGUUUCUUCAAUUUGUGACAGGUAGCCCCAGAUUGCCUGUAGGAGGCUUUCGAAGUUUGAAUCCUCCGUUGACAAUUGUACGCAAGACAUUUGAGUCUACAGAGAAUCCAGAUGAUUUCUUGCCCUCAGUAAUGACUUGUGUGAACUAUCUCAAAUUGCCGGACUAUUCAACUAUUGAGAUAAUGCGUGAAAAACUCUUGAUAGCUGCAAGAGAAGGGCAGCAGUCAUUCCAUCUUUCCUGAUCACAAUGAAAAAUGCAAUGUCUGCCUGUUACAGCAAAAGAGAAACUCAUGAUUCUUUUCUAAAUAUAUCACCUGAGUCAAGGAAACGUGUUACGCCUUCUUGUUGUAGAAAAACGGCUUGCAGAUUAUAAACAAAGACACUUGGUUGAUAUUCAUUAAAGGCCCCUACGGACUUAAAGUGAUCAGGCCCUAAAAGUUGUUGUGACAAGGUUUCUUUAGCAAGUUCUUGUUUAAAUUAUCAUUUAUUUGAUGAGUGAAGUUUUUAACUUGCUUUGCUGUGUGAAAUUUAAAAAGGGAUGUUUUUCCAGGCUGGAACAAUAAAUGUCGCUGUGCAGUUUAA